GUCAUUUCCGCACCUCCUUCUUGUUCCCCGACCACGACGAUCUACUUCCAGUGGAUUUAACUCAUCUUAAUUCAACGCCUCGGAAAUGGCUCGAAAUGUGUUUGUGUCGAGGCGGAAAAUGCUAGCAUCGGCUGGAUUGAUUUCCUUCCAUAACAGGCUUGACCCCGUCCGCCCAUAAGACCGUGGUAGCCACGACUCGUCGAGCGCCCAUCUGUUUGACUCUACUCACUCACCAUGAACAUAUCUUCUUCAGCUUCUCCCCCUCCUUCACCUUUACAAUCUCAGUUUCCUUCUCAAAACGCCUCUUCGCAAAAGUCCAGCCACCUGCGGUUUCCUCAUGUUGCAGAUAUCUUAGUCAAACUUGGUAGAACCAGGAAAUCGCAUCACAUUGAGUCCACCUCCGGUGAACCGCAGACGCAUCCCUCUCUAGCAAGAGAAGGUGUUACGUCGGUUAGAAAGGUUCCUCUAGAUACGGCGGAAAAUUUCGUCUGCCGCGACGGUGUAGACGUCAUCAAGCUGUUGAGAGCGACUCGCGCGUCGUUGCUGGAGGACGCGGAGGCUAUUGGCGCCAAUGCUCUCGUGGACGAACAAUGGUUUUGUACUGUGUGCGGCCCAAGGCACCGACGAGACGGAAGCUUCAGGGUCCAUAUACGCUAUUCAGCCAACGCAGUACGCUCGGAGGUAGCAGACCCUCAAAGGCCCGUCGCGCUGGAGAACGCCAGAGGCGUUCCGGGUCUCAUGACUGUUGUCAGCCGAGACGAGUAAUUGUCAGUCCUGGUCUUAUAGGGCUCCGCGCUCCCUGCCCUCACGUUGUUUACCAUGUUGCGUCAUCACCAGAGCACACCAGCACACCCGCACCGAUUCGUCAUACGGACUUCCAAUCGUGUACCAUCAUUGAUUCCCUUCGUUCUGCAUACCCUUCACCUCACCUGUACAACAUGUUGAUACCGAUGGCUUCUUCUCAUUCCACCCCCAAUCCCUUCCACUCCUUUGGCAAUGCGGACUUGAAUGAUUAGAAUAGAUGUAAUAGAUAAUUAGACACACGGCUAAAGUUCUGACAACCAUAUCGUAGUUUUUGGAGGAGUUUCGGAGAGCGCUCUCUUGGAUGUUGUAGUAUGUAUUUCUGUCGAUUGAUGCAUACCCCGUUUUCAUAUUACCCGACGAGAUGAAAAAUUUGAACAAUGAGCAGAUGCGCAGCAGGUACUCCAUUGAAUUCCUGAAAUAAUGUACAGGGGGGGGA